CUCCCCCCGGGUCGAGUGAGUUGUGUGCUGUGUGCGUGUCCAGUGAAAGUAAACGGUCAUUCAGUCCACGCACACAGCUCCACACAUCCCUGACACAAUUCAUCUGUUCCUGCUUCUUUCAUCGAGAAGUAGGAAAAUCGAUUUUCUCUCCGUUUCACCUCUCCGCAGACAUGAACCAUCACGGUGGCGGGUACACGGAACGCAGCUGGCGACGCGCGUGGAUAAAUGUUUGCAAAUGCACUUUAUAUUUAUUUUUUGUAUUGAGUUUGGAACGGAGCACCGUGCAGUCAGCCCAUACAGAUGAAUCCAACACUUUUGCGUUUUUUCAUAAGGCGGAACAAGGCUGCUUGGGGGUACGAGAUAACGUGCUAUACAUGUCCUCUUCCUGCACGGAUGACUCACAGCUUUGGAAAUGGGUCACCAGAGGGCGUCUCUUCAACAUCGGCUCCUCUCUCUGCCUUGGAAUGACCGUCGGCAACGCAAGCUCACUGGCCAACAAGUCUCCGCUGAGCGUGUUUCGGUGUGACUAUGAGCCUCCGAGGGUCCGCUGGACCUGGACCUGCAACAAGUUCCUGGCGACGCUUGAAAGUUACUUGCCUGCACCUAAAUUGGUCCUCAGCGGUGGCAACGGCUCUUUUAUCGGGCAAUAUCAAAUACCAGUGUGGCAAGUCCAUGAUGGCAAUCAGGACCUUUGUGCAAGGUCCUACCGAGAAAUCUACACCAUCCAAGGAAACUCCCACGGCAGCCCGUGCUAUUUUCCCUUCCUGUACGAUGGCCAGUGGUUUCACAGCUGCACAAGUGUGGGCCGAGAAGAUGGCUUCCAGUGGUGUGCCACUACCCACGAUUACGGAAAAGAUCAACGCUGGGGCUUUUGUCCAGUAAAGAGUGCUGACUGUGAGACAUUUUGGGACAUAAACCCUUUGAUGGAUAAUUGUUACCAGUUUAACUUUCAAGCCACACUGUCCUGGAGUGAAGCACGGACGAGCUGCCAUCAGCAGGGAGCAGACCUGCUAAGCAUCACUAAAGUAGAGGAACAAAUCUAUAUCAAUGGUUUGCUUACUGGCUACAGUGCAACCCUGUGGAUGGGUUUGAAUGAUCUAGACCUCAAUGGCGGCUGGCAGUGGGCUGACACCGCCCCUCUGAAAUACCUAAACUGGGAAGCAGACAUGCCAAGCUAUGAUGAGGAAGAGAACUGUGGGGUGAUCAGUACCGAUGCACAGGGUCGCUGGCACAACCGCGAUUGUUCAGUGGCUCUGCCCUACAUCUGCAAGAAACGACCCAACGCGACUCUGGACCCUUUCACUACAGACUCUUGGGCAGACGAUGGGCGGUACCAGUGUGAUGGGGGCUGGCAGAACUUCCAGGCGGGUUGCUAUUGGCUGAACACAGAUCCCCUGGAAUGGAACUCCGCCCUUAAAGCAUGCCAGAAGAUGGAUGCUAACCUCGUCAGCAUCCACACGCUACCAGAGCUUGAAUUUAUUACAAAGCAUAUGAAGAAAGCUACAGAGGAGUUGUGGAUUGGUCUGCAUGACACAGCAAUGCAGAUGAACUUUGAAUGGACAGAUCGCACUCCCGUCAUCUUUACCUACUGGCAUCCGUUUGAACCCAACAAUUUCCGAAACGUCAACGAAGACUGUGUCACCAUCUGGGGUCCUGAGGGCCGCUGGAAUGAUAGCCCAUGUAAUAACACUUUUCCUUCGAUCUGUAAGAAAAAUGCUCAGAAAACCGAUGAACACGUACAGGAUCACGGCUGUAAACGGGGCUGGAGGUGGCACAGUCCUUCCUGUUUCAAGGUUGGGGAAGAAUCAUUAACUUUUAACGAUGCUAAAAAAAAUUGCAAAGUCGACAAUGCCACACUCGUCAUUAUUAAUAACAGAUUUGAGCAGGCCUUUGUGAGUAGUCUGGUGUUAGGACGCUCUGAUGACCGAUUUUGGCUUGGCCUGCACAAUGAGAACAGUACAGGACCGUUCCACUGGAUCACGGGAGAGGAGCUCACUUACACCAACUGGAACAGAGAUGAGCCCGCGCAGAUAAAGGGUGGCUGUGUGGUGAUGGUGGCCGGUCAGGCUAUGGGCCUGUGGGAGGUAAAGGAUUGUGCUAACAUCCGCUCCAAAUACAUCUGCAAACAGAACCGGGACUCAUCCUUAAACCCCAGCCCCCCUGUUCCCACGCCCACACCCUCACUGAAGGAACAAUGCCCAUCUGAAUGGAAAAGCACCAACGAUUUCCGCCACUGCUACAAGGUCUUUCAUGCAGGUGCUUUGGAGAAAAGGUUGACUUGGAUUCAAGCUUACAAGUUCUGCCAGAAACAUGGAGCUCAGCUCGCCAGCUUUAGCACACCGGAAGAGGAGACCUUUGUCUUUCAGAUUCUCCAUGAGGCUUUUGGGGAGGCGGAGGAUCAUGAGCAGCACUGGCUAUGGAUCGGAAUUUCUCGUCGGAAUAGCGACAGCUGGACAUGGAGUGAUGGAUCACCUGUGACCUAUCAGAACUUUGGCAGAGGGAAUUAUGGGUCUGCUGAAUGUGGAGCAGCAAACAUGGCCGAUACCAACUGGCUGGUGUCACAUUGCGAAUCUGAGCUUGACUGGAUCUGCAAAAUACCAAAAGGAAAGGUGGAAAAGGAACCUGAAAGUCAUGAAGACACCGGUUCAGAGUGGGUCGACUUCGAGGAAGCUCAAUAUAAACUCUCUAAACAUCGCUCCACAUGGGACCAGGCUGAUAGGAUCUGCUCCUGGGAUAGAGGCUCUCUGGUCUCCAUGCACUCUUUUAGGGAGAAUCAAUUUUUGGUGGAAACUCUACGCAAGAUGUCCAGUAAAGACGAUGACCUGUGGUGGGUGGGGCUGCAUACUUUUAAGAACGAUGGACGAUUUAGGUGGUCUGAUCACUCUGUGCUCAACUAUGUGGCCUGGGGGCAAGGACAGCCUCGACCAAUCAGCAAAGAGCCCAAAUGUGUCCAAAUCUCUGUUUCAAAAGGCGACUGGUCAGAUCAGAAGUGUCAUGUUGAUCUUCGGUUCGUGUGUAAGAGGGUAAAUGUGACGGGUACAAUCCCUCCCAAACCCUAUCCUCCCCUCAGACCUGCCGGCUGUCCUCAGGGCUGGACCCCUUUCCUACACAAGUGUUAUAAGGUGUUUGGGGAGGAGCUGUCGAGUCGUAGCACCUGGGACUCCGCCUCUAAGACCUGCCUGACACACGCAGCCACGUUAGUGAACGUGCCGAAUCAUAUAGUGCAGGCUUUCCUAGUAACUCUGCUACCCAACAGCAGUUUUCACCUGUGGGUGGGGCUUACCUCAGAAUCACAGGCUCAGUUUAGCUGGUUUGACUCAGCUGACUUACUCAGCUACACUAACUGGGCACCUGGAGAACCGGUGGACAACAAACAAAACAAAAGCCCGGGAAACUGUGUGUUGCUCCUCAAUGGCAGUCCUCACCGGAUGUUGGGCACGUGGGCAUCUCGCAAGUGUGAUGCAGAAAAACACGGCUUCAUCUGCAUGAAGGAUAAAGACCCUGGCUUUCCUCCUGGAAAGGAUGCGCUUCCCCCAGUAUUAAACGGUUCUUUGCAGUUUAAUGGCGUCCAGUACAAGGUCUUGCAGAAGCCUCUUGACUGGCAUGCGGCUCUGCAGGUGUGUGAAUCUUUUAAUGGGACACUGGCUUCGGUUCGGGACCCUCGGCAACACGCCUACCUCACUCUCCUCCCCUCACCCGCCUGGAUUGCAUUGCACAACGAAGGGGGGCGGAGCUACACGUGGUUGGGUGAAGAGGAGAUUACUUUUAGCGACUGGAGUGACAGAGAGCCCAAUAGUAUGUACGGAUGUGGUCACACGACUGCUAAGGGCCAGUGGAGCGUUGCUGCUUGUAAUAAAGUACUGAAUGCAGCCAUUUGUGAAAUUAACACUGAGAGAAAAACAGAUCACAAGUGGAAGUAUCCAGGUUUUUGCCCGCAGCCUGUAGGUAACUGGUCCUGGAUUCCUUUCAGAAAUCACUGCUACUCGUUCGUUCUUCACGAGCUGCAGUUAAAACAUGAGGCCAUGCGCACCUGCAGCAAAGUGGGAGCUAAGAUGUUGUCGAUAUUAGAUGAAAAAGAAAACAGUUUUGUGUGGGAACACAUGCAGAGCUUUCAAGAACAUGCUCAGAGUGCUUGGCUUGGAAUGAUCUUUAACUCCAAAGAAGGCAGUCUGGAGUGGUCAGACAGUACAGCGGUGGAUUACAUUAACUGGGAGCAGCAAGAUGCUAAUCUGAGCAUGCUGUCCGCCAACAGCUGCUUCUGGGUCCAGAGCAGCACGGGUCUCUGGAGACCCGGGUCCUGCAAAAACCGCACGCAGGGUGUCAUAUGUAAACGGCCAAGAGUAGGACCCACAGAAGCACCUGGGGUUGAUUCUGGUGUCAACCAUCUCCACGUAUUAAUUCAGGUCCUGGUUGCAGCACUUGUUCUGAUUGCUUUGGUGGUGGGUGGGAUUUAUCUGUAUCGUAGGCAGAGCUUUGGCUCCACAGGUUCCUAUGAGGGCGCCCGGUACAGUCGCACCAACUCUGCCCCCUCAGAAGAAACCGAAAAAAACAUUCUUGUUUCAGACAUGGAGUUGAACGAACAGGGAGAAUAAUGCCAGAUGUGUUCAAACUGAUCUGGAAUAUCUGCAACUGACUGAGAAAAUUAAUGUUUAAGGAAAAA